AUGAGCCUCAACCCGACCGAAUUCACCGACAAGACCAACGCGUACCUCAAGGACGCCGAGGCGUAUGCGGAAGAGCAUGGCCACGCCCAAGUCACGCCCAUGCACGUCGCGUACGCUCUCUUCAACGACAGCGACAGCCUUGCCCGACGCGUAGCCGAGAAGGCGCAGGCCGACGCCACUGCGAUCCUCAACGAUAUCACGACGCAUCUUCAGAAGCUCCCGACACAGUCGCCGGCGCCCGAUCACAUUAGCAUCGACUCGGCACUGACCAAGGUUCUCAAGGCCGCCGUCAAGCAGCGCAAGGACAAGGGAGACACGCACAUGGCGGUCGACCAUCUCUUGCUCGCGCUCUUUACGUGCCCGGCGGUCGCAGCGCUUUUCCAGCGUCACAAAUUGAGCCAGAGUCAAGUCGGCACGAUCAACGACGGCAUUCGCGGCGGCCGGCCCGUCACGAGCAACACGGCCGAGGGCAACUACGAGGCGCUCGCCAAGUACGGCCAGAACCUCGUGGCGCUGGCGGCCGCGGGCAAGAUCGACCCCGUGAUUGGCCGCGACGAAGAAAUUCGCCGCACCGUGCGCAUUCUUUGCCGACGCACCAAGAACAACCCGGUGCUCAUUGGCGAACCCGGCGUCGGCAAGACGGCGAUCGUCGAAGGCCUCGCCCACCGCAUCGUGAGCGGCGACGUCCCCAACCUCCUGGCGUCGUGCCAGAUCCACUCGCUCGACAUGGGCGCGCUCGUCGCCGGGGCCAAGUACCGCGGCGAGUUUGAAGAGCGGCUCAAAGCCGUGCUCCAGGAAGUGCAGGCGAGCGACGGCAAGGUCAUUUUGUUCAUCGACGAGAUGCACUUGAUUUUGGGCGCCGGUGCGACCAGCGGCGCCAUGGACGCGGCCAACAUGCUCAAGCCAAUGCUCGCGCGCGGCGAGCUGCGCUGCAUUGGUGCUACGACGUUGGAAGAGUACCGCAAGUACGUCGAGAAGGACAAGGCGUUUGAGCGGCGCUUCCAGCAGGUGCUCGUCACCGAGCCGUCGGUGCCCGAGACGGUCAGCAUCCUCCGUGGCCUCAAGGCGCGCAACGAGUCGCACCACGGCGUGCGCAUCACGGACGGCGCGCUCGUCGCCGCGGCCACGCUCGCCGACCGGUACAUUACCCAGCGCUUCAUGCCCGACAAGGCCAUCGACUGCAUCGACGAAGCGUGCGCCAACGUGCGCGUCCAGCUCGACUCGCAGCCCGAAAUCAUCGACGCGCUCGAGCGCAAACAGCUCCAGCUGCAGAUUGAGGCGACUGCGCUCGCCAAGGAGAAGGACACGCGCUCGACAGAUCGUCUCAAGCUCGUGCGCCAAGAGCUGGCGGCCGUCCAUGACGAGCUGCACCCACUCAAACUGCAGCACCAAGCCGAGAAGGCCAAGGUCGAGGAGAUUCGUCGCCUCAAGGACAAGCUCGCGCAGCUCGAGCUCAAGGUCGCCCAGGCCGAGCGCCGACAGGACCUCGCGCAAGUGGCCGACCUCAAAUACUAUGCGAUUCCCGACGUGCACAAGUCGAUCCAGCGCCUCGAAGCGGAGAAGGCCGCGCAGGACGCCGACCCGGCGUUCAGCAGCAACAAGCUCGUGGAGGAGGUUGUUCGCGAAGCCCAGAUUGCGCAGGUCGUGUCGCGCUGGACCGGCAUCCCGCUCGACAAGCUCACAACAAGCACGAGUGACCGCCUUUUGCACCUCGGCGCGCGGCUCCACGAGCGCGUGAUUGGCCAAGACGCUGCUGUCCAGGCGGUCUGCGAUGCCGUGCUGCGGUCGCGCGCGGGCCUGGCGCGCCAGGACCAACCGACAGGCUCGUUUCUCUUUCUCGGGCCCACGGGCGUCGGCAAGACGGAGCUCGCCAAGGCACUCGCGCUCCAGCUCUUUGAUUCGGAGAAGCACAUGGUGCGCAUCGACAUGUCGGAGUUUAUGGAAGAGCACUCGGUCUCGAAGCUGCUCGGCGCGCCGCCCGGCUAUGUGGGCUACGACGACCAGGGCGGCCAGCUCACGGAACCCGUCCGGCGCAACCCGUACAACGUUCUGCAGCUGCGCUCAGCCGAGACGCGGCUCCAGGACGCGCACCAAGUGUCGAUGGACGUGACGACGGCCGCGCUCGACGCCAUCUUGGAUGCGGCGUACGACCCGCAGUACGGCGCCCGCCCGCUCAAGCGCUACAUUGAAAAGCAAGUGGUGACGGCACUGAGUCGCCAGCUCUUGGACGGUUCCCUGCGCGCCAAGGGCCACGUGACCUUGUCGGCCACCGAUGGCGCGCUCACGUUUGAGAUCGACAACCCCGACGUCAACAUGGCCCCGUAACAAGGAUCCUGAAGACCGCCCUUUUGUCCUAUGAACGAUGUACGACUAUAUGUUGAGCUCUUAUAUAAUAAGAAUAAAGAAGUGCGUAUAUACAAUCGAAA